UCUGGAAAUUGGAAAAUAUCCGCGCCGCGCGAAUCAGGCGGGAAAAAUAAUAAGCAGAGUUUCUCCACUGCGAACUUUUCAACUUCAAGUUUGUUAGAGAGAGAGAGAGAGAGGGUCGGAUCGUAUGAAAAAGCCACCAUACAGUUUCCGGUUCCAUGUUUUCUUUCCAUGAUUUACAGAAAAUAUUUAUGUUGAUGAUGAUGGAAAUUGAAUGUAUCUGCAAUGCUAUAUGGGUGAUUAUUUAGGAUUUCGGUUCUUGAGGUACCAGCAGGAGUUGCUAAAGUUCAAGAUUUUACGCAUACAUAAAACCGAGUUAGUUUUUGAGGGAUUUGAGCUCGCAUAUAAAAUGAUCUAGCUGGGCCGUGCAGGGAUAACGUUAGAGGAGACUUGCUAUACGUUAUAUUAGUAAACCUGGGCAAUUUUCCUCUAUUUUUGGAUAAUGCUGAUGACGCAUUUCUACAGUCAUCUUAGUCAUUAAAGAGAUGGAAGGUGGCUUGAAGACAUCUCCUCAGCUAGGGUUUUCUAUUGACAAUGACGAAGCAAUUUACAUUUCUGGUCUCAGCACCAUACUGGUGGCUACAAUUCAGGAAGUGAAAGACAAGAUUUCUCAAAUGGAGUAUAUUUUCUGCAGCCAGCUCUAUCCAAAGUUCCAGUCGAGAUGUAAAAGUUUGCAGGGAAGUUUUGAUCAAGGCAGGAGGGUUGCAGAAAAUGAAUGGAGAGAUAAGGAAGACUGUCUGUUAUGCCAGAUAAAAGAGCUUUCUGAAAAGAACCAGGUGCUUGAACAAAACCAGCAGUUGAUUGCUUCUCUCCAACAGCAAUUGAUGGAUAGUGAAAAGCUAUUAGAGGAGCACAAAACAGAGAGUAAACUGCUUAUGGCCAAAUUAAGCUUAGAGAAGAAUGAGGAGGUCAAUGAGCUCAGAAAAAAGACAGAGGAAAAUGAUGAUGGGAGGGAGCUGCAAGAAAAAACAUCUGUGAUGGUGAAUAAUGAACAGAUCUUGAAUGAAUAUGAAAACAAUGAGAAGCAGCUUCUGGCCAAAAUUGAUAAUCUAGAGGAGAAAAUUGAAGAGCUCCAGUACAAGCUCAGUCAUAAGACUGAAGAAGCAGCUGAGGGAGAGGAACUGCUACAUAAGUUACUCAAAAAGAUUGAAUCUGAUACUUCAGUGGCAGUGAACAGAAAUAAGUCGUUGAUGGAACAUGAAGAAAAUAAAAAGGAGCUCCUGGCCAGAACACAAAUUUUAGAAGGGAAGAUUGAUGAACUCCAAUGCAUGCUCAGACAGAAGACUGAAGAAAUGGCUGAAGGAACAAAAUUGCAAGAAAACUUACGUGCAAUGGUUGAGUCAAAAUCCAACGAGAUGGUAAAUCUCCAGACGCAACUAAUAAAUCUAGAGAAGAAUGUUAAGGAGUUAACAGUGAAACUUGAACAGAAGACUGCAGAAGUAAGUGAAGGAAAGAAACUGCAAGAGAAGUUAUUCCAUCUGAUUGAGUUAAAAACCUCCGAGGAAUUAAAUAAUAAAAAAUCAUUAAGUGAGAAUGAAAAAGAGAAGGAGUUGCUACUGAUCAAGAUAAAGAGUGUUGAGAAGAACAUUGAUGAACUUCAAAAUGAGCUCAAAGAGAAGACAGAAGAAAUAGUUAAGGGAAAGAAAUUACAGGAUUCAUUGCGUGAUGAUGUUGCUCGGUACAUGUACAAUGCUUCAAUAGAGGAGCGGAAAAGAAAACAUUGGCUAAGUUCUUACAAACAUUUGAAGUCUCAAUACAAUUUUCUUUGUAGAAGGCUUGAUCUAACUGUGGAAAGCACGACCAACAACAGGGUGGAAGAGGAGACUGAUUCAUCAAAACUUCAAAACAAGCCAAGAACUUCAGAAGAUCCUGAGAAGAAGGAUCCAGACAUUUCCAACCUUUCCAAGACAGAUGAAGAGAAUGAUUCCAAUGUCCAAGAAAAGUUGGUGGAUGAUGGGACAGUUAAAUUGAAUCAAUGCUUAAACUCCUAUCCCCCUUCUACUUCUGUUUCCUCUAACCCCCCAAAAUAUCCCAUCAGCGAGCAAUCCAAGCCACUAGUUGGCACAAAACGACCAGUUUCCUAUUGGAGAAAUACAAGGUCUCAUCAGGAACCAGGUGGGCCAGAUCCACAUGAUGAUUUUCUUGACACUCCCAUGGAGAAAGCUAAAGAAAACCUGAACAAGGCUAUGAAGGAAAAAAUCACUGAUUUCUCAGUUCCAACUUCAAAAGACCCAGAUCCUAAUGUCUCAGAUGAUGAAACACAAGACAUUGCUGUGAAUCCAAUCCCAGCUUCAAACUGCCAAGAUCCUGAUGACUCAAAUAAUGAACCACCAGUCAUAAGAGUGGAUCCUGCUCCAAGAAGGCGGAAAAUAUCAAUUGCAAGGACUGAGUUAAAAAGUGUCAAGUAUGUGGAGCCGGCAAGGAAGAAAGCUGAGAGGGAGAAUCUUAAAGGAAUUGAAUGCAAACAGUGCAAGAAGUUCUAUGAUGCUGUUCUUCCUGAUGAUAGAGGUGCCUACAAUGAUAAUAAUAAUAAACACAACUUUCGCUGUGAGCAUCAUGAUGGUGUUUCAAGGCAUCGGUACAGUAGAGCAAUAGGAAAGGCCAAUUCCAGGAGCUACAUUCUUCAAAUAAACAAAACAUGGAAUCACUUGAAUUCUCUCGAUCUUUUGCUCUAAUUAUUCAAAUAAACAAAGCUCACAAGUUUUUUUUUCCCUCAUGUGAAGUUAACUUAUCAGGAUAACAUUUGCCACAUGGAACUUGGGAGAUAUAGAUCUCAUUGCUUAUAUUGAUAGUUUGAUACUUAUCGUUCAGUUUGGCCGAUUUCAUGCCAUUUAGGUGUCGGACAUCAUUUUAUAUUUCAUCUGUACCCCCAACAACUUGCUCUAAUCAGAAAAGAAAUUUGAGUUCUCCUCACUCAA